CUUCGUUUUUAAAGGCACAGGCCAAUUUUAUGGGUGAGGGCGCAGAGGAAACAGCUGAACACAGAAAAUCUCAGAGGGAGUAGACAGAAAAGAAGCGACUGGAGAAGGAAAGAGGAGACAGAUCGGAGAAAAAGCGACCGAGGCUGAGCUACGGAACUUAACUGCGUUCAGCGUCCUUUGAAUUGUUAUUCUAUCUUGUUAACUUAACGUACAUGAACAAGGAAACAUACGUUAGGUCGCUGAAUUUAAAUAUAAUUGCCGUGCAAAUCGAUUAGCCAGGUCCAGCUUGAAGAAACAACUCUGUGGACACGAAGGAAAUGCUUGCUUAACCCUGUCGUUGCCAGAUUGAUUACUUGAUGUCUACCUCGUAGCGGGGAAGCGACACCCAGCUGCCAGCCCAACGCUUUCAGCCCUUCAGCCAGAGAGGAGGAGGAGGAAAGGGGGGGGGGGGCGAGGAAGAGACCAGAACUGGGGGAGAAAUAGCCCAAAACCAUCUGUAACAGGAGGGAGUGGCGGAGCAGAGGAAGAGACAGAGAGAGAGAGCGAGUGUGAGAGAGAGAGAGAGAGCGAGAGGGGCGUUUUCGAUUCUUUAAGGAAGGGUUCUCCACUGGAAUGCCUGUGACAUAAUGAUGUCCGCGGGUCACACGUCACACGAAGAUGCCCAGGAGGGGUGUGUCCGGGUCUUGUCCAUACCGAGGACGGGUUUUUGGAGAGCCACUUCCUGUUUAGUCACUUCCUGUCUGUUGGACUUCCCUUCCAGCGGCCUGCCAGCUCACUGACGUCCAGCCAUUGGUGGAGUGUCCCAGGACGGUGCUGAACCCCUUCCCCCUCCCACUGGGGAUGGUGUCGCUGGUACACAGGAGCAGCUGCAGCAAUGGACGGGCACCUGGGGUAGAAACAGGGGGGCAGAAGUGUGGCACGGGGCAGAUGUGGAGCACCCAGGAGGGCAUGAGAGGACAAGAGGGGUGCUGUGCUGCUACGGUCUUCGCUGAAAGGAAUUUGCUCCGCGUUACCGACAGAGAAGUGACUCUUUAGGCUGACACUCCAGGGACGAGAGCGGCUCUCACCCAUUUUGCACUUUAAAAGAAAAAAAAAAAAGAAAGAAAAUAAUAAAAGAAAUCAUUUUUACUUGACCACGCCCCUCGCAACAUGCGGCACAUCCACAUGGAAAUCGCACACCUUCACAAGGAGCCCCCGGCCCGAGAGGGGGAUCUCCCCGGCGGGGGGGGGCAGAGAGGGGGCGUGGCGUCAGGGGCGGAGCCGGAGGCGGGGCCCGGGCAGGGGGAGGGGCCGCUGCGCCCCUUCGGGGAGGAGGAGAUCAAGCUGCAGAAGGUCUACCAGCUGUCCAUCUUCUCACAGCGGCGGGGGCUGGCGGACCCCCCCGAGGGGCAGCGGGCCCUCAGGUCGGGGGCCAAGAGGGCCCCGGAGGAGCCGCCGCCGCCGCCGCCGGCUCACAAGCGCCCCCACCUGGCGGGGCAGGGGGACGACAUGGACAGCGAGGUCCUGUGCGGUCCCGGCCAGCCCCUUUCCCCCGCGGGGGCGAGCGGGGCGGAGCCCCCCCACUCCCCAAACCCCCAGUCGCCCAGGACCUCCCUGCCCGGGAGACGUCCGGCGCUCCACAACCACCAUCGCCCCCUCCCCGAUUCACAGGCUCCCCUGUCCCCCAAAUACCAGCCUCUGUUCGACUCCCACCCUACACACUCCCCCAAAUACCAGCCCCUGACCGACCCCCAUCCUGCACACUCCCCAAAGUACCAGCCCCUCUCCGACCCUCACCUGGCACUUUCCCCAAAAUACCAGCCCCUCUUCGACCCCCACCCUACACACUCCCCAAAAUACCAGUCCCUCUCCGACCCCCACCCUACGCUCUCCCCAAAAUAUCAGCCCCUGUCCGACCCCCACCCGGCACUCUCCCCAAAAUACCAGCCCCUCUCCGACCCCCACCCGGUACUCUCCCCAAAAUACCAGCCCCCGUCCGACCCCCAGGCCCCAGUGUCUCCCAGGUCCCAAUCCUUCUCUCCCAAAUACCAGCCUCUCCUGGAUCCCCACUCCCCACUCUCUCCGAAAUACCAGCCUGACCCCCAGUAUUCACUUUCCCCAAAGUACUACCAGCCGCUGGUCGACCCCCAGUCCCCGCUGUCUCCCGGGUACUCUCCCCUGCGUGAACCCCAGUCCCCUCUCUCUCCUCGAUCCCUGCCCCCGGACGACCCCCUGCCCCUGCCCCAGGACCCCACGGCCCCGGCCGCCCUGCCCAGGACUGAGCCACCUUCAGCGGGCGGUGGUCGGGGCCUCUCCCCCGGGAACGACGACGGCUCCGACGGGAGCUCGGACGCGGACGCCCCCGCUCGUCGGAUCCCCUGCCGACCGCCCGGGUCCCCGCCCGCGGGCCCCCUGGGGCCCGACGAGGCGAGGGCCUGGGUGGAGAGCCUGGAGGCCUCCCCUGCGGAGCGAACGGCCGGCCCGGCGACUUCCGGGGGGUCCUCCCCCACCCCCCCGUGCCCGGCCAAAAAGAGGCUCCUGUCCUCCAGCGACACGGGGGAGUCCUGCUCCGAGGACGAGGGCCCGUCCACCAGCAAGAGGAGCCGCCUGGCCCUGCUGGCCCCCGGCCUGGGCCUCGGGGCCUGCCGCAGCACGGACGCCAAGGGCGCCCCCUUCUGGAACCACCUGCUGCCCGCGGCGCGCGACACACCCAAGGGUUCCACAGAUGGUAUGCGAGUGAGAAGAAGAUUGAACUGCGCCAUCCGGCUGAAAUCGCGUCAGCUGCGUAGUGGGCGGCGGUCAGAGCCCUGUCGCUCAGGGCGCCCCAGCUGGCCCUCUGCCUCCAUCAGCCACUCACUCCUGGGCAACUUUGAGGAGUCCAUCCUGAAGGGGCGGUUCUCCCCGUCGGGCCGGAUCGAGGGCUUCACGGCGGAGAUCGGAGCGAGUGGGUCCUACUGCCCCCAACACGCCACCCUGCCCGUCCAGGUCACCUACUACGACAUCUCUGAGCACAGCGCCCCCUCUCCCUUCCUGGGGGUAAUCUACCUGGAGGCCCUGGGGAAGAAGGGAUACAGCGUACCCAAAGCAGGGACCAUCCAAGUGACCUUAUUCAACCCCAACAAAACCGUGGUGAAGAUGUUCCUGGUGACCUACAACUUUGGGGACAUGCCUGUCAAUCACAUGACCUUCCUGCGCCAUCGCAUCUUUUUGGUGCCAGUGGAGGAGGGGGAGGGGAAAGGGGAGGGGCCAGAGGGAGGGGCCACAGACAGGAAAAAGAUCCUCUGCUACCUGAUACACCUCAGAUUCCAGAGCUCCAAAUCUGGGAAGCUCUACUUGCACGACGAUAUCCGGCUGCUGUUCUCCCGUAAGUCCAUCGAGGUGGACACGGGGAUCCCCUACGAGCUGAAAUCCUACACCGAGGUGCCAAAAAACCCAACGUACUCCCCCCGGGUCUGACCCUCUGCGAACGCUGCCCCCCGGUGGCCUCUCCUGAGGACCGCGCGGAGCAGACUCGAGACUUCGUACAGGACGAGAGGAAAUUAAACCCAAGGACACUCGAAAGACAAAAUGUGCACCCGUGCACAUGCACAUGUGGACAGAGACACACACACACACACACACACUCACCUCACAGGACUCUCUUUGGUUUCAGCGUUAAAUAUGCAUGCCUUGUAACAAAACUGAGUUCUCUCCUAGUGCCGUUUUCUACCGUUAGAGAAAAAAAAAAACUAGCCUUUCUUUCUGAAUGCACACCCAGCCAGGCCCCUCCCUCCCUAUCCUGAGUGGACCAAUGACAUCUGGACAGCCUGAACUAGUGGCCCAAUUAAAUCAUAGGACCCCUCUAGUGGACUUCCUGCUAAGGCGUGGAAGGGAAAAUGAAUUAUUUUGGGAAACAAGCCAAGGAACAGGAGAAAACUCCAAAAUAACCAUAGAGCAUUUUUGGUUCCUGAUUGAAUAAUCUCAAGGGGGAUGGCUGUUCCAUCAAAAGAUGUGGCUAUACUCAACUAAGGAGUUGUAAUGUCUGGUAAAAUGUGUGUGACCCUCGUUGUCCAAACGUCUUUCUUGGCAAAGAGUGGUUUUCACACAGUGCGACGUUGCAGAGUGUUUGAAGACGCCCCCUAGCCUGGCUUGGCCUGGCCUGACUUGUUCAACUGUGCAUGAUGGGGGUGGGAGGAGCCAGUGGAUGGGGUGUGGCCACAGAUGGGUGUGGCUUGUGCAGUAUGCAUUACCAAGCCCUUGUAGGAGAAAGACUGAAGAACUUCAUAUUUCUGUUAACAGUCUCUGUGAUAGGAAGACAGGCAGUAGUGUUUCCUUUAUUUUGCAGAUGUCUUAAAAGCAAUAUGCUGCACCGUUUUGUGAGUGUGACUUAUUUUGGCAGAACAGAACAGUGUAGAGUCAAAUGCUUGUGGAUGAGGGAGGUGAGAGGGUGGGAAGGAUGGGGAGGGGAGGGUAGUUAGGGGUAUUUAAAAUUAAAAUAUAUAAAUAUAUUUGAAGUAUAAAAACUCUAUGGCUUGCAGGUAACACAGGUGCUUGGCGACGGCUGUUAAAUUGGUGAACUGUAUUGCAUGUGUGAAAGUUCUCAAAAAUGGGUAUUUUCUUGUUUCUGUCAUCACGACAUCAGUAAUUGUAUGCGUAUAGUCAGAGUUCAGUAUUCACAACGGGCAUCAAAAUCAGUAGGUACCUGACAGAGUCUCCUGCAGUAGGACUGGAGCUUCAGUGCUUCUGGGAACACUGCCAUUUAUCAGACAUCCGCACGCCUUAUUUUAUUUUUGUUUUGUCUAUUUAUCACUGUUUACAGUGUGCGGAACUCCUUACCUCACAUUUGUGUGCACUGCGCAUGUCUUUGUGAACAAAAUUUGGAAAGUCCGUCAGUGUUAAGCCAACCGACCAGGCGCAAACACAAGCCAUUACCGGGACCUCUUUCGAUUAAACCUUUUGAGAGACCAAAUUAACUUGCUUUUUGGACAACCAGUGUUUAAUUUGAAGCACACCUAAACAGGAAGAAUACAAAUACGGCUCAUUUUAGCACAUUGUUUGCAAUGUACCCUUUCACAUUCAUUUAAGAAGAAAAAUGCUUCAUCCGCUCUUUCUUGGCAGAAAUUUUAAAUGGGUUUGUCCAGGCUGCCAGGAAUUAUUAUUGAUUGUUGUUUUCUUAUUGGAAUAUAAAGUUUCAAUUUCUAAAAAUGGAUUACUGAGCUAUGAGAAUGUUGGUUGGAAUGUCAGUUAAAUUGCUUUUCGUGUAAUUUAAUUUAGUGCCAGAGAUUGAGAGCUCAAAUAAUCCAAGUUGUACUGCAGAACAGUGCUUCUUAAACGGUAAAAGGCAUUUGUAAAGAUAUAAGUGCUGACUAAGGUUGUUUCUUUUCAAUUCAAAAGGUCAGGAUUCAAACAUGGUUUCUAUUGCAGCUCUCAAUCGUUAUUUUGAUAACAUGCAAAUAUUUCCAGCAUAUCUAAACAUGCAUUAUUUAUUUUUUAAAAGGCGAGAUUUAGCAACAACGCAUUUGGCAAAUUGUGUAUUAACAUCCAGGUUUAUAAAUGUUUUUUUUUUUUAAGUCAAGACAACCAAAAUUGGAUUAUACCUAAGUACAGUGGUUUUGUUUGGGUACUGCAAAUUAUACAGGACACAGAUUUCCUUACAUCUGUGCAGUGUAUGAUACUGAGUGUAUGAAUCUAAGGUGUCCCCUUGUAUAAGUCUCAUAAUUGCACAGCAGAGGGGGGAUUUGUCACACCGCGUGUCGUGUUAAAACACACAGGUGUAUGCAUCUUAUUUGAUCUCAUUUCCUGUGGACGUACUGCUCUCCUCUGAGAUUUUUAUUCGGACGCCUGCAGGACAGUGCACCACCGGUCAUGGUGAAGACAGACAGUCUGUUGACACCCAGGAAUAAUAAGACCGAGAUAAGACCGGCAUGACGUUACCUUACUGGAAGAAAAAGGAGAGGUGCUCCACCAAUCCCGCAGUAUGUUGGUAUCAACCAAUGAAACAACACCAAUGGUGAUUGGUGGAUAUGUGCUAGUUGUGCUUCCAGGAUCGCUGCAGGAAGUAGCCAGAAAGCAUCCAGCAAUUUGUGACAUCAUUUGUUGUAUUGGUUUGUACCAAUGUACACUGUGAAUGGUGGAACUCCUCUGUUUUCCAUAAGUAAUGUAAAAUCACUCUCUUAACCCUGUUUUAUUGUCUGGAACCCAAUAUGUGAAUGCUUUACCUGAGUGUAACCAUAGCAACAGUCUGAUUGGUCAGUGCAACAUUCAAAGGAGCAAUCAGUGUCUCACCUCAUGACUAAUCUGUUGACAUUCUUAUAACAAGCCAGGCACACUUCUGACAGGACCCAGAAUACCCUUGGGUCUAACAGAUCUCAUCAGCCAAUCAGGACCAAUCAGAAAUGUACCCUUCAACCAGAUGAGCGUGAGAGCCCUGUGUUUCUUUGCAGCCCUGGGUUUUGCACCUUGCCAAGAGUAAACACCUGGAACUGGUCUCUUUGUAUACAGAAUAAAAGUUUAAAAAAUUGUG